AUGUAUUUCGCCACCUACCUCAUCGCCAUGGCCAUGGCCUGCCCGGCUGUCCUCGCAGCGCCCCCCAACCCAAACCUGCCCAAAGUCACGACGCCGCCCGUCGGAACAUCGGGGCAUUCUCUCCAAGUACCUUCGAACGAACGUGGGCCCUUCACGGUCGGACCGGGCGGUAACCGCGAUCCGCUGCUCAAAAACGUCCCGACCCAGUCUGGGAAGACGAGGGACGAGAAGCCGCGUAACAAGCUCGAGUACGUCAACACCCCGAGCACGAGCCGCCAGGACGCCUCAUCCGUUCGGAGACUAUCCAUCUCGGAGCAGCCCAAGGAGGGCGGCCUGUCGUCGGGGACGUCGAGGAUCAGCAACCGAGUCGAGGCGGCCACAGGUGAGAAGCCCCGGGUGUACCCCGUUGCUCGCGGGAGCACCGGUUCCUUCAUCACAGGGACCAGCACGGGAACCAGGUCUGGGAGUGAGUCCCCGGUUGCCGACCGCACGCGGUCCAAGAAGCCCUCGAAAAAGGUGCGACGCUCCCUUGUUGAGCGCAGGGCUCUCGCGCAGCGUCUCGUGGCUGCUUGA